UAGUUAAUUGGUGGGGUCCACGUUUCUGUUUUGUUUGUGUCCGAAUUGGAGUGUUGGGUUUCACCAUACCAAUUUGUCAACUGAUGAAUGGCUAUGGCCGCUGCGGCAGAGCCAUUACUUGUACCUACUCCUCCUCCGCCGCCGCCGCCCCGGCGACACUAUGAUGAUGAUGAUGAUGAUAUCUCUAAUUCCCACCACCACUACGGCAGUGAAGACGACGUUGAAGACCCCUUCCCUAAUUCUCCACCUCCUCAAUCGUCCUCCUCUUCCUGGUCCCGGAAGAAAAUGAAGCGGUGCAAUACGGCACCGGCCAUGGCUGUGAUGAAAGAUUUCCGCACUCAUCACUCCGCCGACGACCCCAAUUAUCUCCGCCAAUCGGAUUCCUCUUACCUCCUCCGACAAGCCGCUGUUUUACUGAUCGUGUAUCUCUCCCUGGGAGUAGUUAUUUAUUCAUUCAACCGAGAUCACUUCUCCGGCAUCGAGACUCAUCCUGUGGUGGACGCCCUUUACUUCUGCAUAGUCACCAUGUGUACCAUCGGCUACGGAGACAUCGCCCCAGUCACCCCCAUCGCUAAAGUGUUUGCCUGUGUUUUUGUGCUCGUGGGUUUUGGGUUCAUAGACAUUCUUCUGAGUGGGGUUGUCAAUAACGUGCUUGACAUGCAGGAAAACAUGAUCCUUGCCGGGAUUGAGGCGGGGCCGCCCCCGAGGCCGCAAAAUAGACAGAAGAAUCAUCAUGAGGAGGAGGAGCACCACCACCACCACCCAAGAAGAUUCUUUGCUAGGAAUUACAUAAUUGACGUGGCCAAGGGAAGGAUGAGGAUAAGACUUAAGGUAGGUUUGGCACUUGGGGUUGUUGUGAUGUGUAUUGGGAUGGGGUUUCUUUUUCUAUACUUUGUGGAGGAUCUGGAUGUGCUGGAUUCUGUGUAUUUAUCUGUUAUGUCAGUUACAACUGUGGGUUAUGGGGACACAGCUUUCAAGACUCUUACAGGGAGAUUGUUUGCAUCUGUGUGGCUGUUGUUUUCAACACUAGCUGUGGCUAGGGCUUUUCUGUAUCUGGCUGAAGCAAGGAUCGACAAGAGGCACCGCAAGAUUACUAAUUGGGUUUUGCAUAGGGAUAUUACCGUCGAGGACUUGCUUGCUGCUGACACAAACCACAAUGGCUUUAUAAGUAAGUCAGAAUAUGUGAUAUACAAGCUGAAGGAGAUGGGGAAGAUAAAGGAAACGGAUAUACUGCAGAUAUGCAAUCAGUUCAACAAGCUUGACCCCAAUAACUCUGGCAAGAUUACACUUCCUCACCUCUUCGACAAUCAUUUAUAGCUAUUGCUUCGAUAUUCCCAUUUUUAUUUUAUUCAUCUGUAGUUCAUUCUUGUUCGUUUUAGCAUACUAGUACUCGUAAUAGAUACAUACAUACAUGUUCGUCCCACUGUACAGGUAAACCAUUUCUGUAUAUAUACUAUGUCUUUUAUUCUGGGGAGAAGAAUGACAUACAUACAUACACACAUACAUUGUAAUUGUGAACUGAGGACAAUCUUGUUGAAAGAAUUAUAUAUAUAUUGUGGUUA